GAGAAUAGCGCCGCUGCUCCACCGCCCGCCGUCCUUCUAUCCGGAACAGUAGCCGCCGCAUCCUCAUCCACGACCGUAGCCGCCGCCCGUGAAGCCAUGCCGCCGCCUCACAGCACACAUCCCUCAUCUCCCCUUCCUCCCCGGUCCCGCCUCCUCCAGAGCCUCGGCUCGUGCUCCAGAGGAGCCGUCACGUCCGCCGCCUCCUCCCCCUCGCCCUCGCCGCCGGGAUGGCCCCGCCCUCUCCGCUACGCCGUCCUCGGCGCCGGCUUCGCGGGGCUCUCCGUCGCGUGGCACCUCCUCAAGCAAAGCCCGAAGUAUUCGCGCGUGUCGGUGGACGUCUACGACGAGAACGGCGUCGGGGGAGGCGCCUCGGGGGUCUCUGGAGGGCUUCUCCAUCCGUACUCACCAAAAGCCAAGCUUCUCUGGAGAGGAGGCGAAUUCUGGAAAGAGAGCAUGGAUCUCCUGCGCAGCGCAGAGAAAGCGAAUGGAAUCGCUGGAUCAGAUGGCGAUGGUCGGGAUGAUGAAGCCCUUAUCUGGAGAAGGGGAAUUUUGCGGCCACCUACGACAGAGAAGGCUGCUGAUAUAUUGCUAGAGAAUGCUCAGAGUUGCCUCCAGAGUUGCAGCCUUCAAGUUCUUGAUUCGGAUGCUGCACAAAGACUGAUCCCUGGGUUACGUGUUCCGCUCAACCUUGCGAUUUAUAUGCCACUAGCACUGAACAUCAACCCUAAGAAAUAUUUGCAGGCAUUGUUCCUUGCGUGCCAAAAUAUGGCCAAGGAAACAUCUGUAUCACCCAGUGAACUGAAAGAGUUCAGUUUGUACAACAAACAUAUCGAUAAUCUACAACAACUUUCAGGAGAUUAUGAUGCAGUGAUCAUCUGCCUUGGGGGCAAAGCUAGCUCACUUCCAGAACUUACAAAUAAGUUGCCUCUUAGAACCUGUAGAGGAGUUAUUGCUGAAUUCAAACUGCCAUCAGAUACAGCAGAAAAAUAUGGCAGUCAAAGUCCUUCAAUCUUGUCUGAUGCAUGGCUGGCAUUCCAAGGACCCUGCACCGUUUCUGUCGGGUCAACUUGGCAAUGGAAGUCUGACAAUCAUGAUCCAAGUGUAUCUGAUGAAGAAGCACGUACUGCAAUGGAAGAGCUGCUCCCCAAAGCUUCUGCUGUUUAUCCAGGAAUAAGUAAAUGGGAUUAUGUACGAGCAAGGGCUGGGAUAAGAGCCAUGCCUCCAUUGACAGCCAAUGGAUCCCUGCCACUGUUGGGUUGUCUAAAUGAUGUUAUAGGCGAGAGAAGCAAUUGUGCCUUUUGGCUAGUCGGUGGCCUUGGAGCCAGGGGCCUCCUGUAUCAUGGAUUGGCUGGAAAACUAACUGCCAAAGCUGUGAUUUCCAGUGAUGAGAACAUGAUACCUUCUGAAUUCACCUGCUGGAAGGCGAUCAAGGCUUCGCGGUGAAUACCGUAUCGUGAUUCAUUCAACCAUGCUAUCAUAGGAUUGUAUCAGGGAGUUGGAGAGAUCAAGAGAAUGAUGCGAUGCCUUCAGUGCAGUUGCUUAUAUGAAGGGCUACUGCAUCAUAUCGAAACCUGAAACCAUACUCGUGGUCAAUCCACAAGGCAUGCACGGCAAAUAGUCACAUGUAUAUCGCUAUGGAUGUCGUGUUGCGAUGACCAUUUUGAUGCCCUCUCAAGGAAGCUUGGUUAAGACGCAUAAACCAUGUUUACAUCUACUAAACCCUGAACUGCCGAGGUAGGAUUUUUUUUGGGGGGGAGUUGAUUAGAAUUUUUUGCCCAUUUCUGUACCAUCGUGUUUCUGUAAACCUGAGGAUAGAUGAGGUUUAUGAGUUUUUGUGUAGGUAGAUGUGAAUCACUAGGAUAUUCUCUUAUGCAUAGAAUUAUCCAUUUCUUUGUGUUUAUGAGAUGUUCAUUCAUUUGAAAAGGUAGAAGAGAUUUUGGA